UUUGUGUCACGAAUACGAACUAUUUUCUAAACCAAAAUUUUAAAUAAAUUUUAUUAAAUUUAGUCAAUGGAUACUGACUACAGUGUUUUGACCCUUAGCGAUGAAUCUUGUCGUACCUGUUUACAAAGCAUUGCUGACACAAACUCCCUCGACGACGAAGUAGAAUACGGCAAUGAUACAUUUGUCUUAAAUAGCUUAUUUAUUCAAAUCCUACGUGCUACUAAUGUUCAAACACCGGCGAUUAAUCAAUGUGGGGGUCAAACAUUACCAAAUCGUAUUUGUGCAGAUUGUACCCUUAAACUUCUAAGUGCUUACGAUUAUAUUUGUUUAGUGGAACGGUCAGAAACUUUGUUAAAGCAAUAUCAAAAGUCGUAUCAUACAAAAUUGAAAACAGAUGAAGAAACGUUUGUUAUUACUGAAUUGAAAAAUGACACAAAUAAUGAAGAUAGUCAAAAUGUCGAAGAAUUAGAGACAGAAUAUCUACUUGACGACUAUAAUAAUGAGGAAGAUGUUACAGAUGUAGAUAAGGAAAGCAGCGAUGACGAGGUUUCUAUUGAAAAUAAAAGUGAAACUUAUGUGGAAGAUGAGCUUCAAUUUGUAAAAUUUGAAGCGGUAAACAUUGAAGAUGUUACAGAACAAGUAGAACAGGUUAACAACAGGAAAAGGCAUAAAAGAACAAUCCAAAAUACUGACAUUGUUGAGAAAAAACAAACUAGAUUCGCUAUCGGCUCGCGCCUAGGAACAUUUGUCACAACCAAUUGGAGGAAGUGUCCUCAUUGUGAACGUGUUUUUGCCAGAAAUAUAACGUUGGAAAAACAUAUACAAACAGCACAUACAAAUGUGCCACCAGAGUGUAUUGCUGCUAUUGCGCCAAAACCCACUGAGGAUAAGCCAAUACAAUGUGACCAUUGCCCCCGCACUUUUGCUAGACCCUUUGCCUUGGAGCGUCAUCUAAGAGCCAUGCACCCGGCGACCACGGCUGCUAAUAACGCUGAAUCAGAUACAAAUCCCACUGAUACUACAAAAACGAAAAAAACUUACAAGCGUGGAAUAUGCCCUCACUGCGGUCGAAGCUUCGCUCAAGCAAGCUUAGUAAUACAUAUACGGCGACACACAGGUGAAAAGCCAUACCAAUGUGAUGAAUGUCAAAAGGGUUUUCCUCGACGUCAGGAUUUAGUGGUACAUAAGAGACAACAUACUGGCGAAAGGCCACAUGUAUGUACUAUUUGUGGAAAAUCGUUUACAAGACCAAAUAAAUUAUCCAGGCAUAUGCGUAUACAUACCGGACUACGACCAUACAAAUGUUCGGAAUGUCAUAAAUCAUUCACACAAUCGAAUGACUUACGUAUUCAUAUGCGUCGACAUACCGGAGAAAAACCUUAUAAGUGCAAUAUUUGCAAUGAGGCUUUUAUAAGUGGUACAGCGCUCAAAACUCAUCGCAUAGCAAAUAAUCAUGCUGCACCACCUGAUGCCGAAAACGAUCCAUAUGCGAAAUGUCGAUUAAAUAAAGCGAUUAAACUUGAUACUUGCGAGUGAUUUCGGAAAGGAUUAGUAUUGAAAAAUUUAAUAUCACGGUUGCAAGUAAAGGCAAUAAAAAAAUUGUAAAAUGUCACUCAA